AUGCUAGAUCCAAUUGAGGGGAAAAUUAUUAGUUUUCUUCAUGGAGAGCCAACCAUCACUUACACAAAGAAAGAGUUUGAGAAACUUUCUAUCAGACAAAACUUGCCAUUUGCUGGUGUAGCGAAAUUUUCUUAUGUAAGGCCGUAUCUGAAUGAGUUGAGGAAGAUAUUGCCGAUUCAAUUAGAGAUCAAAGGAACUUGCCCCAUGGGCUACUUGGAUGAGAGACGCAUACUGCUUAGACUUUCAUUAUUGGAGGAUUAUGCAACUUUACUGUCGAAGGCAUGUGAAUUAAAGGUGCGGAACAGAUACUUUCCUAUUAGAUUCUUGAAAUGGGACCCAUGGUUCAAUCCCGAGGAGGAAACAACCAUAGCCAUUGCGUGGAUUUCAUUUCCAGGGCUGCCAACAAACUUAUUCGACAAGGAGUCAAUGUUUUCCCUUGCAAGUGCAGUUGGAACACCACUAAUAAUAGACAAAGGCACUCACAAUCGAACAAGACCUAGUUGUGCGAGGGUUAAAGUUGAAGUUGAUUUACUAAAGGAACUUCCUAAAAGGAUUCAAAUUAAUUGUGUGGAUGCAGAGACAGGAGAAGUGAAAUCAAAGUGGCAAAAAAUUCAAUAUGAUUAUCUGCCAAAAUAUUGCACACAAUGCAAGUUGCAAGGUCAUGAUUUAAAUGGAUGUUGGGUAUUACAUCCGCAACAUAGAACAAAAAAGGAGGAGCAAAGGGAUGAAAAGAAAGAAUUAGAGAAAGGAAAAGCAAAAGAAGAAAGCAGCAAACAAAAUGGGAAGCAGGACAGCAAGGAGGCAACACAUAAUGGGGUAUACAGAAAUGGAAAAUUGGUAUAUGAAAAUUGGAAUGUGGUUCAAAACAGGAAAAAUAAGGGCAAUGGCAAGGAAACAGAACAACAAAGAGGUAAUAAGGCCAAGGAACCAACAACCACAAACAAGUUUGGCACACUGGUGGAUUUAACUGAGGAAAUGCAAGAAGAAACCAACAUGGUCAAUAAAAGUAAUGGUGAUCUAAAGGAGACUUCUAGGCCUUGGGUGGAUAAAGUUUUUCGCAAGAUGGAUGACCAAGCCAAUGAUAUAGAGAAUAGUAGUAAAGAAGAUGCAGUGAAAGUCAACCAAAGUAAUGAAGGCAACAGCAAAGAGAAGAGUGACAGUGCAAACAGUGAUGAACAACAAGGGAACACAAGCAAGGAACAGCAGACAAAUUUAAAAGGAAAGUCACACAGCAACAUAGAGGAACAGGAAGUAAAUACGCAGAACAGUGAAUGUCCAAGGGAAGCAGCAGAAUGUCCAGUACAAUUCAAUAAUCAGCAGCAGGUGCAAAAGUUCUCACCAAUUGAGACUGAAGAUUUUAGGCACUGUAUUGAUGCUUGUCAAUUGAUGGAUCUUGGAUUUACUGGGAGUAUAUUCACUUGGUGGAAUGGAAGGUCAGAUGAGGCUUGCAUUUUUAAAAGAUUGGAUAGGUGUUUAGGGAAUCAAGCUUUGCAAAACACAUAUCCAAAUCUUCAAGUGGAGCACCUUAUCAAGCAAGGAUCAGAUCAUAACUCAUUGUUGAUAAGUUUGAAACAAGACAGUGGACCAAUUCAAAAGGCUUUCAGGUUUUUAAAUUUCUGGGUGGAGCAUGCUAACUUUUUGGAAGUGGUGAAAAAUAAUUGGGACCCAAACUACAACUCAGACCCCUUUUAUAACAUUCAUCAGAAGUUAAAAAAGGUGAGCAAGGCCCCGUCCAUUUGGAGCAAGGAAGCUUAUGGAGAUAUUUUCAGACAAAUUGCUACUUUAGAAGAGGUGGUACGAAUUCACGAGCAAGAGCUCGAACAACAUCCCAGUGAAAAGUUUUGGAAACAGAAGGCAGGGAUGCAGUGGUUUAAAGAUGGGGACAGAAAUACCAAAUUUUUUCAUGCUCAUGUUAAUGGAAAAAGGAGAGAUUACAACUUCAGAGAAUUCAAGAUAGUGUGGUGGAGCAUGGCUGGAAACAGAGGAAGACAUAGAAGGAGAGGCUAUUAG